AUGAAACGUGGUGCUGCCAAGGCUGGGGGUCUGUCGCGGCGAAAGCCCAAGGCCGACGCCUUCGAAGACUUACCAGACGACGCCUCUGUUGAUCAACGUAAAGCUGCUGCCGUACAUGUGUCUUUAGCAGAACUUGAGCACAGAGUUGCCGAUGUGCGCGAUUCGUGGGAGACGGAUUCGUUGUUUGAGGAACUGGCCAAGGGGAACACUGAGGAAAAGUCCCCUGAUAUUUGUACCCCCGAGGAGUCUGCCAGACUUCGUCGGGAACUGCGAGAAUACGGCCCCAUCAUUUUCUGCAAAAGAACUCUAGAUUGCGGUCGCUAUUCGGCCAAGAAGCUGCUGACCGCCUUUUCAGUCUAUCCGCCUGAUUCUCUUGAGGAAAAGACAGAAGAAUACUACUCCCAUCUCGUGUCGCUGGCCAUCACCAGGGAGUUAUCAAAGCGAAUCAAGCUGACCAACUACAACACGGUCGACGACGCCGUAGACCUCAUCCAGAAAUGCAAAAAUAUCAUCGUCAUCACCGGCGCCGGCAUUUCCACAUCUCUCGGCAUCCCUGACUUUCGCUCCGAGGGUACCGGUCUAUACUCCAAGCUGGCGCAUUUAGGCCUCAACGACCCGCAGGAGGUCUUCAACAUUGACAUAUUCAAGGAGGACCCAUCCAUUUUCUACUCGGUAGCCAAGGACAUCGUCCCUGCCACCGACCGCUACACCCCGACGCAUAAAUUCAUCGCCAUGCUCCACCAGCGCGGGAAGCUCCUGACCAACUACUCUCAGAACAUUGACAACCUCGAAGUCAAGGCCGGCUUGCCCAAGGACAAGCUGAUUCAGUGCCACGGCUCCUUUGGAACAGCGAGUUGCAUACAAUGCGGCUACCAGACCCAAGGCGAGGCCAUCUUCCCUGACAUGAAGGCAGGCAAGAUCCCCCAAUGCCCAAAAUGCAUUCGGUCCCUCCGUGUCAACGGCGGAGCGACCAAGAGAAAGCGCUCUGCGGGGGCUGAAAAACGCCGCAACAGACGGUGGUCCGACAUCGAUGACGACGACGACGACGACUCGGGUUAUGACAUCCCCUCUGCCGGUGUCAUGAAGCCAGAUAUUACCUUCUUCGGCGAAAAGCUUCCUGACGAAUUUUCUAAGCGCCUCACCGAACAUGACCGAGACAAGGUCGAUCUCGUAGUCAUCAUCGGCACAUCCCUCAAGGUGACCCCCGUGUCCGAAGUCUCAAACUGGCUCUCCCCCAAUGUGCCCCAGAUCUACAUCUCCCGUGAGGCAGUCGGCCACAUCAACUUCGACAUCGACCUCCUAGGUGACUGCGAUGUUGUCGUCACAGAGCUCUGCCGCCGCCUGGGCUGGCCGCUAAGGCACGAAAUGGUGCCGCCCAACCAAGUCAUCAACGUGACUCCCGAAACGGGCUACAAGAACAGGCAUGUCUUUGAGGCAGUUGUCCCCAAAGCAAACGGCGUUAAAAAAGGCCCUUGA